AUGAGUGUCGAAGUAAGUGAAGAUAAAAUGGUAAAGUUAUUUUUAAAGAAAAUUAAAGCAACAAAAAAGAGAUUUAUGGAUGCUAUCAUACGAUGCAAUGCUCUUGAAGAUCAAUCUCAAGUCGAAAUGCUUCGCUCGGCCGUAAAUGCAAUUUCAAAUACAAUUGCUGCUCUCACUCAAAAAACAGCUAGUUUAUCUGACCUGAAAAGAUAUCAUAUCAAAGUAGAUCUCGUAGAUGAUCCAGAAACAUAUCCUGCAGAAGUAAAGCUCGAAUUACGACAGAAAGAAAGAUCACACCCAUUACCACUAAAUCAUAAAAUAGUAGUUAAGCCUCCAAUGGGAGACAGCGUUUCAACUAAAAUCGUUAAAGAGAGAAAUGCAAAAAUGAAUUACACUCAUAAGUUUGACUUUGGACCAUGUGUCGAAAGUACAGUUAGAAUGGUUACUGGAGGAGAUAUGGAAUUUGAUAUCAUGAGAAUCUCCAGUGUGAUGGGGCAGAAAAAGACUCAACUAAUAGCUCUUGCUACUGCUCCAUUGAAUCAGCUUAGUUUUUCAUCAUCAUUAACAAUACCUUUACAUUUUGUUAAUAUUGACGGAUCAAAAACACAGUAUAUCUUCGAAGCAAUGUUUACAGUCGAUAGACCAUUAGUGCCUUUAGAAGAAUUGAGAAUAGACGAAAAUAUAGAUGUUAUUCCUGAAUAA